GCCCUUGAAGGCACCCCUCUCCUCCUGUCCAUCCAUCCGCUCACCGGGUUACUAUCGCGUGUGGUGAAGAGAAGCGCCACUCUCCUCCUUUCUUCCCGCUGGUGUGCGCGCAUCACUCGUGAACGAAGACAACCGGCAUCGGUUUUUUCUCGCUCGUGCCCGAAUCCGUCCGCCGCGCUUUCGGUCCCGGUUCUGCCCAUACCCACUCCUCUGCGUGUUCCGGCUCCGAGAUCCCGCCACGGCGGACCGGCUGACGUUGGGCGUAGCUGGGGAGGAUUUUUCCCGUGUGCCGCUGCACUGACUCUGAGUAAUCCUCACUGUCUCCAGAGAGCCUGUAGUGCUGUGGCCAUCCUCGAAGACUUAAGUCAACCAACUGUGUCCUGCAGAGACGGACCUCCACUAUUUGCGGGGAGAUGAAGCCGGAUGGAGUUGCCACGGCUGCACUGGAGCCGAUGGAAACAUUGGAAUCCAAUCCUGUCAAUGAAGAAGCGCCACCAACAGAACAGGAACCCAACCAGGCAACAGCUCCAGUGGAGCAAGAGACGCCCCAACCGCCCGCAGCACAGACCAAGGGUCAUCUGGACCCACAACCAAACCAGGCCAAGGAGGGUUCUGCUGCUAAGACCAGCAGCAAGAACUCAGCAGAGCCCAAAGCCAAGGCUACCAGCAAGGGUACGGCCAAGACGAAACCCGGGAGCACCAGCUCACCCAAGCCCCUGUCAGGCCAACGGACAAGCACACCGCAGAACCGCAUCGCAAAUGGCGUGACUAAGCCUCAGAUGAACGGCGCCGCUAAGAAGACUGCACCUGCUGUGGAGAAAAAGAGCACCCCAACCUCAGCUUCCUCCAAAAAACCAGCUGGAGCAGGCGCCGCAGUCCCCAAAACACCUGCUAAAGUCGGGGAGAAGAAAGCUGCGGGAUUGUCUGUGUCCAGCAACAGCACAAAGACCGCAAGCGGAGCAGCAGCAGUGAAAAAACCAUCGCCCACUACUGCUAAUGGAGUCAAAUCCAACACCAGCGCAGCUGCUGCUAAAAAGCCCCCAGCACCGAAGCCUGCUAAUUCCACUCCCUCCAAGCCGAGCGCCGUGGCUUCAACCAAACCUGAUAAACCCCUCGUUUCCAAGACAACCAGGACCACGACCAGUACACCAACCCGUCCCACCACCGGCUCAUCCCAGUCAGCCGCCACGCCCAGGAGCCCCAUGGUUUCAUCGAAGCCCGCCACCCCUAAAACUCCCAGCAGCACCGGCAAGCCUGCGACUUCCAAAUCAGCGUCCAGCACCCCCUCUGGUGGCAAACCGCCAGUAUCACAAGCAUCCAGAAACACAACACCUAUGAAGAAAGAUGUUACCAAACCGUCCACUCCAGCAGCCAAGAAACCUGCAGAUUCGCCCCUAACUCGCCCUUCAUCUUCAUCCAAGACCUCAAAGCCUGAAACGCCCAAGUCUUUCUCAAAGUCAGACGUCACGGCCAAAAAGUCAACCGCAAAUAAGAUUUCAGAAUCAAAGACGCCCAACCGCACCAAAACACAAGAAAGCAAGGCCGCGCCCGCAAAGAGCAGCAGCACCAAACCAGCAGCAUCCAAGACCACCAGCCCCAAGAAGACUGUGGGAAGCAGCACCCCGACUCCUGUCAAACGGGCUCCCAAACCUGCAGCUGCUGAUGGACCCCCAAAAGAAGUGGCAGCAGCCGGAGCCGCUGCUGCAGCCGGAGCCGUCGCCACGGCAGCUGCUGUCGCCACGGCGGCAGCUGUCAUCGCAGAACCAGAAAAAGGAGCUCAGGUGGAGGAAACACCUGAGGCCGCCCUGGAGCCGGUCCCAGAAUCACAGUCACCGUGUGAAACAAAGCCAAAACUCCUGCAGGAGCCAGAACCAGAACCAGAACCUGUAAAAGAACCGACGCCUGAACCUAUGAGGGAGCCAACUCCAGAACCUGUCAGGGUUCUAACGCCGGAACCUGUAAGAGUUCCAAGUCCACAAUCAAUGAAGGUUCCAACUCCAGAACCUAUGAGAAUUCCAACUCCAGAGCCGGCGAGGGAACCGACUCCAGAACCAAUGAGAAUACCAACUCCAGAACCAGCGAGGGAACCGACUCCAGAACCAAUGAGGGUAACAACUCCAGAACCAAUGAGAAUACCAACUCCAGAACCAGCGAGGGAACCGACCCCAGAACCAAUGAGGGUUUCAACUCCAGAACCAAUGAAGGUACCAACUCCAGAACCAGCAAGGGUUCCAACUCCAGAACCAAUGAGAAUACCAACCCCAGAACCAAUGAAGAUACCAACUCCAGAACCAGCGAGGGUUCCAUCUCCAGAACCAAUGAGAAUACCAACUCCAGAACAAGCGAGGGAACCGACUCCAGAACCAGUGAAGGUUUCAAGUCCAGAAACAAUGAGAAUGCCAACUCCAGAACAAGCGAGGGAACCAACUCCAGAAGCAGUGCAGAAACUCUCUUUAGAAUGCUUACGAGAACCAACUCCAGAACCUACACAUGAAGAAACUGAGCUUGAGCCAAGCCCAUACCAAAUUCAAGAACCAUCUUCAGAAGUUCCAGUAGAACCGCCUCAGCCAUCAGCAGCAGCUGAGCUGGGCUCCGGCGCCGCUCAGAUGGACCUUUUCCAGUACCAAGAGACGCCCAGCAACUCCUUCCCUUCCCUGGGAACAACGGUCAUGUCUCCUCCCUGUUCUCCACCAGGCCCCGCCUCUCCUGUCAGACAACCACAGAGUGCCUCCCCUCAGCUGCGGUCCGGCUCUUGGGCUCUGAACCAAGAAGAUGAUGAAGAGCAGGAAGGACAGGAGAUGAAGGGUAAGGAAGAGGAUGAGGAGCCAGAGAAGGAAAGCCUCUUCCUGCCCCCCCUCUCAGCUCCGGGGGCUUUUGAUGCUGCUGCACAACUCCAUUUCCUGGGUGCCUCUCCUCCAGGGGUUUUCAUUCCUGGGGACCUGAUCUCCCCCAGUGAGAAGGAGGAGGCAGUGGAAAAGGCUGAUGAGGAGAUCAACGAGGACGUUGAGGACGACGAGGACGAUGAUGAUGAUGAGGAGGAGGAUGAGCAGAGGAGACUGGGACACCAGCUUUCAUCCAUGAUCACCGACAUGAGCUCGUCUCAGCCCUCAGACGAGUUCCAGGUCCGCUCCUCUGCGUUUGGCGGCUCGGCCGGUUGGCAUGGAGACGACCUGCUGUCUGGGAUGGACUCUGAGGACAUGAGCAGCUGCACCAGCAGUCGACAGCCGGGGGUGUCCGACCUCAGCAGCACCCAGCACACCGCCAUUCUGGAGGGGACCCAGAGCUCAGACGCCUUAGUGGACUCCAGUCUCCGAGGGUCGGAGGGAGACGGCAACCUCAUGGGCUCUCCCAACGUGGAAACCCUCGCAAACGAGGAGGAAGAGGACGAGGACGAAGAGGACGAGCGGGUGGACGACAUGGACAUGAGCUCAGAGCGAGCUGAGGAGCAGCACGGCCUGUUCCAGGAGCAGAAUGAGGAGGAGGAUGAGGACGUGGAGAUGCACAGUGAAGGUCUGGUGGAGAGCGCCGGGAACGUGGAGGACGAGAACUUCAACGAGGAGGAGCGUUCAGACCACCUCUCUGCCCCCCCGACCUCCAACUGGAGUCAGAACAACCCCUUCUCUGACACUUGGACCCAGCCAGCCUCGCUGCUCUGCGUCUCCUCCCCCAGCCCCGUGUCCGACCAUGGCGCCGCUGAGUCCGAGACCCCCACCCAGUCUCCUGCUCAGGCGUGCCUAGACAGCACCCCCCCUCUGUCUUUUGCUCCUCAGACAGAACAUGAACCAGAACCCAGUCCGCUGACGGGCCUGGCUCCAGAAGAGACCCCCGACCUCCUGGGUGCCCCGGCUGUGGGCGUGUCCCAGUCCAGCGCCCUGAGCGGAGCCGCCCUGGCAGCCCACAGCAGCAGUGAGACCAGCACCCCCGAGGAGCUCCAGGACUACGACAGCAGCUCCGGGGUGGAGUCGCGCUCCGACAAACAGCACACCCCGGUUCCCGCUUCAGUCCAGCCGGACAUGGAUCAGGACCUGGGCAUUCACAUGGAGAAGGGUGACGGAGAGGAGGAGGAGGCCGAGACGCUCCCUGCCGACGAAGUCCCGGGAACAGGACCUCCCACGGCUCCGGCAUCCGACCCAUCUUCUCCCUCCACUUCAGGUGACGAGGCCAGUGACACGGAGGGGGAGAUGCAGAUCAACGACCCGGAGGCCCCCAUGAAGAUGGACGACGGAGUCGAGUUUGAAAGCCCCAGCCCCACCUGCGGCCUGCCAGCACUGGAGGAGGAGGCCGGGAACACCGCAGCGGGAGAGGGCGAGGAGGACGGAGGUGGGGCCACGCCUCAGUCUGCCAACUCCGUGGCGUCUUACGGCUUCGACUGCACCACGUCCAACUCCAACGCCCACUCCAUGGCCGAGAGCUGCGGGAAGAGCCCCGGCAUCUUCUCCCUGGAGAACGAGGAGCAGCUUCCAGAGGAGGCCAAAGACCCCUCCCUCAUCAAAGAGCUCACGCUGCCGUCAGCCGCCGCCGCCCAGUCUGAGGACCUGCUGGGCAGCGCCGUGGACCUGAUGCCCAUGAGCCUCACAGAAGACCACUACCCCAGUUUGGAUGAGCGCCACUAUUUGCUGGGUGGGAAGCUUGCAGCAGAUCAUGUGGAGGACCCGGAGGAGCCGGGUCAGCACACACAGAACCAGGAGGCGGAGGACCGCGGCGACUUCCAGCCUCCGUACUACUCCACCAUUUGCGAUAAGACUGAUAGUUUCCUGGAAGGUAACGUAUAAGUCCUUCCCGUUCUCCCUGGAAUGCACCUUUUCCCUGCAACCCCCCCCUCGCCCCCGUUUGUUUCCUCUCCACUUGGGUUAGACUUCUUAGCAGAAAAAGAGGAGAGCAACAGUGUAGAGGAGCAGAUUUUUAAAAGAAAUAAUGAAGCAGAAGGAAAAAAACGACAGUAGCAGUUUUCCAAUGAAGCCUCUGUCUUUCUUACUGUUCCGGUCACGAGUGUUUUGCUAAAACCGUAACGGACUCUAGAUACUACCGUUUUUCCACUAGGAGGCUCUUCUUAAGUAAAAUCCCCCAGCCCCGCCCCCCUCCCGACGGGGUACUGACUGAUCGGUCGACGGUGACCGAGCCUUUAAACUGAAAGGAAAACACUGAAAGAAAUGGACUCAUUUGUGUAUUUAUCCCACUGUUUUUACCGAACAAAUGUCCAAGGAUUUGUCCUUUUUUCUUUUUUAUAUUUGCUUUACUGUUUUUGUUUGUUUUCUGGUCCUUCCUCCCUGUGUACACACUCUGCACAUUAGGCAUUUUUGUAGAAAGUUGUAUUCUCGCUGCGAGGAUUUUAGCUUUCAAAAUAAAAGCCUGGUCAGAGCCACAGCUACAGGUUCACUAAGGUUUUGGGCUGAGCCUUAGUGGACUCAUCAUUACUGUUAAACAUUUUUAUGUACACUGUUUUUUAGAUUGUGAAAAAUUUGACCAAAUUCCUAGUGACUCUGGGAUGUUUCAUCCAAGUGUGACUAGUGUUUUGAUCACGGAUAUGAGGCCUUUUUUUUAUUGGGAGCAAAUGAAGCUCAUUGGUUUUAUCUGAGUCCUCAAACCUUCUGGAUAAAUUCUCUAAAGCCACACACUCAUUCGGGACAGCCCUAACUAGCUAGCACUUGGUGACGUUCUGUUUUCUCGUGUGCUUCAGCAGGUUCAGCGUACUUUGCAUAGGUCGGUAAAAGUCACAGCAUUUGUGUUUCAGGGUCUGCUUUGACGUGGCUCAGUUAGCGUGACCGUUUGUGCUCCGGUGAUCCACGAUGCUUUUAUUUUGUAAGAUCCUGCUAAUCCUACACGGUUGUCACAGCUGAGCUUUCCACCUGGAAAGCUUCCACAGCAGGCUUUUUGUUUCUUUUCAACAGUAUAUUGCAUGUUUAACUAACAAAACAAGUUUGUACUACCUGACGUUUGAGACAGUUCUGCAGUAGAAAUGAAUGGUUCAGUCUAGGAUAUCUUUCAAAGUUCCAUUAAAGCAUCAUUGCAAGGCA